AGUAUACACCUCCAGCUUCUAUGAUGGUUAUAUCCCGUCCAGUACCAAAGGUCGCUUAUCUUCUCCAGCUUCUAGUUGCUGCCGGAUACCACACUAUCCGUCCGUUCCCAUUUGAUUCUCCCGCCUCCACUGAUGCUGCCAAGUCCCUCUGGGAAAACUCUUUUCUGGCAGUGGCAGAUUCACAGCCACUUGAGGAGGAGGAUAAGUCUGCCGAAUGGGUUUGCUAUAUGUGCGAUAGAUUAAGUGGCACAUGCUUUGAUGAGUUCAUGACGCAUCUCUCUAGUCAAGAACAUGCAGACAGGAUUCCGGUCUUUAUCCCCAAAUACCCGGAGAAUACCAUGAUUAAGGAAUACGAGAAGGAGUUUGCCGAUGUGGAGGAUGCCGAUGAUGAGGAGGAUAGCAAUGAGGAGGAUGCCAUUAUUAAGUUUUCCGAUGAUGAUUUUUCCUAUGAUGAGGGGGAUGCCGAUGAUUUUGAAGAGGAGGAAUACGAGGAGGAGGAGGAGGAGGAUGAGGAUGCCGAUGAGGAGGCUUACAAAGCCAGAGCCGGUGGUCCAGGUCCCCAUGCUAUGGACGAAGAUGCUCCUCCUGCUCCAGGCAGUGGUGGCCCUAAGAUCGAGGAGGUCGACUAAUUAGUUGGAUCUUUACCUGUUUUCUUUUCUUUGGAUCGUUAAGACUUUUUAUGUUGUGUUUUUUUGAACAAUGGCUGGUUUGCCCAGCUAUGAUGACAUAUACAAGUUUUCUAUGGAAUGCUUGUUCUCUUUUGCUCAUUAGUAAAAAAUGUCAGCUAUUGGCUAUAAGAACGUCGUGAACAUAGGACUUAAACUUCUACUUUAAUGGUUGUACUAACCAUAAAUAAGAGUCAUUU